CACGAAUCAUAUCCCCCGUCUCUCUCCGUGCACCAUCAUCAUGAGCAGGUGUGUGCAAACGGUGAGUGCGGUAAACGCUGCAAGCCCUGCUCGUCGUCUCGUCCUUCGUCAACGCAAGACAGGAGAAGACUCUCGCACACGCCACAGCCUACACCUGGACGUGUGCACUUUUGUGCUGCAGCAUCAGCGUCAGCUUGCGGUCCCUUCCCACGUCCCACUCGCUCCCUUCUCUCGUUCGUUCCCUCCACCCCCGCGCUGCAAAUCGACGAUACUCACAGUCAUCUAGCGCGAGCCACUUCAGCCUGCAAUGUGUUUCUGACAGACGGAGAAUGCAUGAGUCUGCGAUCGAGUGGGCCCGAUUUCUCACCACAACAGCUCCCAGAGUACCCAGAGCACCCUGAGCCGAGCACGGGGAGUCCAGAAGACGGUAAGCGCCUGAACCUUGGGACUUUUCCAGAACGUCGUGCGUUGAGUACGUUACGUCCUGGACGUCGGUCUCGCUUCUGUUAGUGUGUUGGAAUCGCCGUCGUUGUGGAAUUUCUCGUGUAACAGAAUCCCCGUGGACUGCGUCUCUCUGCUCCACAUUCACUUCACAGAACCUCAUUCCCAGCCUCCAGUCCCUUUCGAUUCGUCCCGGAUUGUACCUAGAAUGAAGGCUAUGCCUAUUGUGGCCCAUUAAAGUGAAGAUUUUACCUCGUUCCAGUCUAAAGGGCACGAGGUUUUACCUCUUCACAGCGGCCAGGGAGGUCAGAGAAGCAGGUCUUGCUCGGGAGAAGAGAGGCUCGAGCUGCUGCUAGAGGGGUGUCCCUGAUGUCGAGUUGGUUAGGAAUGGUUCACUUAUUUGUUCACUGGCACUUUCUUCUGCCGUAGGUAGUAAUGCUGAUGCGCUGCCGAUGUGCCAAUUACAAAGCUUGUAAUUCCACCAGCUGACAGCGCUCGUUCUCGGAGAGUCUGGUUUCGACUGGCCUCGGAAAGUGAAGAGACCAUCGAAGUUGGCGCCUUUUCAUCAUGGUUUCCGCAAAGCGUAAUAAGGACCAGAAUGAGUAUGAACUGCAGGGAUUUGAUGACGAUAUGGAUGCGUCGGUAGGGAAGAGACUCAGAAAGUUCGUUAAAGAGUUCUCUCUGAACAAGAUCUCGAAGCUUCGUAGCCUUGAACGUCUACCCCUCGGAAAUUACUACAUCCUUCCGGACAGCAGGAAAUUUCAAAUCUGGUGGAUGUUUAUCGUCUUUGCAUCUACUUACUCCAGCAUGUUCACACCUCUGGAGUUUGGAUUCUAUCGAGGUCUACCAAGAUAUCUGUGGAUUGCAGACAUGUCGAUACAGUUUAUCUUCGUUGCAGAUAUCAUCAUCAAAUUCUUUCUGGCUUACAAUGAUUCAGAAACUUACAAGCUCGUUGUUGAUCAUCGUAGUAUUGCGAAGCGUUACAUCAAAUCAGACUUUAUUCUGGACGUUCUGGGAUGCUUUCCAUGGGAUACUAUUUACAAGGGUUUAGGUCGCAGGGAAGAAGUCAGAUAUCUUGUUUGGGUUCGUCUUUAUAGAGUGCGGAAGGUGAAUGAGUUUUUCGGUAAGAUGGAGAAGGACAUUCGCAUCAGUUACUUCGGCAUCCGUAUUGUGAAACUUUUGGCAGUAGAAUUUUAUUGCACGCACACUGCAGCCUGCAUAUUUUAUUAUCUUGCAACCACACUUCCACCGUCGAAGGAAGAAUACACAUGGAUCGGAAGUCUUCAGCUAGGAGGUUAUUCCUAUGAGAAUUUUCGUGCCAUUGAUAUCGGAAAGCGUUAUGUUACGUCCCUUUACUGGGCCAUUCUUACUAUGGCCACUGUAGGUUAUGGAGAUAUACAUGCUGUCAAUGCAAGAGAGAUGAUCUUUGUUAUGAUCUUCGUGUCUUUUGACAUGAUCUUGGGAGCUUAUCUAAUUGGUAAUAUGACAGCUUUGAUAGUUAAGGGUUCGAGCACAGAAAGAUUUAGAGAUAAAAUGACAUCAUUGAUAAAAUUCAUGAACCGAAACGGUUUGCCGAAGGAACUAAGGCAACAGAUGAAGAAGCACGUUAGAUUGCAAUUCGAGACUGGGACGAUGUCAGAAGACAGCGUUGUUGAUUACCUCCCCAUGACCAUUCGAUCGAAGGUAUCACAAACUUUGUACAGCUCUAUAGUGGAACAAGUACCACUGUUCGCAGGAUGCUCAACAGAAUUUAUCAGUGAAAUAGUUGCAAAGGUUAUCGAGGAGCAUUUUCUGCCCGGAGAAGUUGUUAUACAGCAAGGAGGCGCCUCUGAUCAGUUCUAUAUUGUAGCUCACGGAAUUCUGGAGGAGGUUUUAGUAGCGGAGGAUGGUUCAGAGGAGGUAGUGGCACAGCUGGAUGCAGAAAGCAUCUGUGGAGAAGUAGGAGUAUUAUGCAACAUUCCACAACCUUUCACAGUGCGCGUGGUAGAGCUCUGCAGGUUGCUGCGACUGGACAAAAAUUCUUUCACGCACAUAGUGCAGAUCUAUUUCAAUGACGGCCGGAAACUUAUCAACAAUCUUUUGGAGUGGAAAGACACAGAUGCCCGAGUUGGGCAGCUGGCCGCAGAGAUCACGUUUUUGGUUGCGAAGCAACAAGCGGAAUUAGCUCUGAUGGUGAAUAAUGCCGCUUUCCAAGGUGACAUAGCACAACUCAAGCAACUCGUCAAAGCUGGUGCAGUCACUGCGAGGGCAGACUACGAUGGCCGAACUCCUUUGCACUUGGCAGCAUCAAAAGGUUAUGAUGCCGUUGUACAUUUUCUUAUUCGGGAAGGUGUUGAUCUGAAUGCCAUAGAUAAAUUUGGAUGCACACCCCUGUUAGAGGCAGUGAAAGGUGGGCAUGAUCGCACUAUAGCUAUAUUGUUAGACCAUGGAGCCGAGCUACAUCUAAAAGAAUCGGGCAGCUUCUUAUGUCAAACAGUAAUGACUGGAAAUAACGAGCUAUUGCGCCGUCUGAUAGAAGCAGGCGUGUCAAUAUCCGCAACAGACUACGAUAAACGCACUGCCCUACAUUUGGCAGCAGCAGAGGGUGCAUUCCAGGUCGCUAAAAUGUUGAUUGAUUCCGAAGCAGAUGUCUUUGCGCAGGACAGAUGGGGUAGGACGCCAUUAGACGAAGCCGUUCUGCAUAACCGGACAUCCAUAAUUCCCAUAUUGAAAGAGGCUGCGGUGAAGCGGAAUCUCGUUAAAACUAUAAGCGACUGGAAAUCGACUGUGCGGACGAGAAAAUUGACCGCUGCUGCGAAAGAGUCCGCCGAAAGUGACAGUAAUGGGCAGGAAUCACAGAAAUUAGUCGAAACAAAAGAAUCGUCGCCACGGCUGGUAUCAUCUGCAGGAACGUCGCCUCGACUAGCACGACCGACAGCAACAUCUCCUCGAACCAUUCGAUCGGCCGAGUCUUCUCUCUCCAUAGAACGGCAGCCUGCUUCGGAGAGACGCCUGGAAAGACUGGUCACUCUGGGAGUGGCAGGUCCAGGUCGACGUGGCAGUAAUCUCUCCGACACGUCAUCCGAAGGCCUGGCUGCCAAGUACCGCACACUGCCAGCUAGGACCGUGGGCUUCUCUGGGCAGACGAUCGAGCAAUCACAUUUUGCUCGCAUGAACCCCUUGCCCCGCAGGCGAGCGACCAUAUUUCCCUACCAUCCAUGGACUCCCAGUAAGCUGAGAACUCUGGGAAAAGUCGAAUGGGUGUGCUCGACCGUCGACGAACUUCUGGACUUGGCGUUUCACGAAUUUGGCAAGCACGGUAAGAAGGUAUUGAACCAAGACGGCGGCGAAAUUUCGAGCUGCGAUUUGAUCGGAGACCUGGAUAAGGUGUACGUCGUUGAUGAGGAUGAUAUUCAGAAUGCUGGAAACCCUAAGCAACUGUUUUUGGAGUCUUCGACAUCAAUGUGAUAAAAUGGCCAGCCACAGCUCUCUGUGGAGAAUUUGCAGGAAUGAAUGCUACAUCACCUGUGAAGUUUACAAGAAGGACCUGGAAGAAUCAUGGUCGCCAGCAAAAGAGGGAGAAGGUCAACUUUUGAUGAGUUUUAAGAUGGAACUUGACGUUACUUGUCAAUUGACAGGAAUCUAAGAAGACGGACUGAGUUGUUGAUGACGGUUAUUAGUAUCGUCGUCUUCUUCGAGUUGGCGAGCUUGAAAGUGAUCAGUGAAGACUCAAGUCACGAGACUGAAGUACCGCAGUAGUGAUCGAUCCGACACGCAGGUCGCAUUUGGGUGUUCUUCACAGCCUUUUAUGAUGGAAUCCGCGAAUCUGGGUUCCCUGGAUGCCAACUCCGAUCAUCUUCCUUUGAAUGAACUAAGGGCUGGCAGGCAGCGGAUAGCUCUGAUUGACAGGCCACCGUUCCAUGUACAUAAUAUUUUAGUCCUCGUAGGCGCACGAAGGUCGUCAAGGUGAUGAAGCUACAUGCGACUGUUCGCUCUUUAGUAGAGGCGAAACCACUGUAAAUAAUUUACGAAGCCAUGCAGUAGUAAAGCUCAAUGGCGUGUUUGCUCGUUGCU